AUGAAUCUCUCAUUUUCGGCGAUUUUGACGGCGAAUCUCUCAUUCUCGGUACUCUUUCUCUCGGCUCUCAUUCUCGGUACUCUCUCUCGGCCCCGUCAGAGAAGGAAUAACUAUAACCAGGUUAAGAAUAGAAUGGGUGGCAGAGCUUCUAGAUCUCAGAGAGAAGACAGUAUUAGACGAAUUGUCUAUGUUUCAGACAUUAAUCACAAUAUCACCGAGGAGCAGCUAGCUGCAUUAUUCAGUGGCUAUGGACUGGUUGUUGACUGUAGAGUUUGUGGGGAUCCACACUCUCAUCUUCGCUUUGCAUUUGUGGAAUUUGCCGAUGACUAUUCUGCUAGAGCUGCUCUUAAUCUUAACGGGACACUUUUGGGUUUCUCCCCCGUGAAAGUUUUGCCUUCGAGUGCCUGUGAACCCGUCUUUUCUUCCCAGGAGGAUGAACGCGAAAUGUGCGCCAGGAUAGUCUACUGCACAAACAUUGAUAAGAAGCGAUACAUGGACUCUGAGAUUCGGGCAAUCAUGGCGAGUACAUGCCACUGGACAAUCAAGGGGAGAUUCCCACUCACACGACUUAAGGGCAUGUUUAGACAUGACUAUACAUUGUGA